CGCCUCCCAUUCAUUCGCGGACCAUUUCAAGCAGCUGGCAAUGCUGUCGCCGGUUUCACAGGUGCCGCUGCUUUGGAAUCGCACAAUGAAAACAGUGCGAUUUGCCCCGAUGGCUGCAAACAUGGUCGCUGCGUCGAGCCAGGCAGAUGCGAUUGCGACCAUGGUUUCUUUGGAUCAACGUGCAGCGAGUGUCGCCGAAGCGAGAACUGUCGUCAUGGUACCUGUAGAGACGACCAGCCUUUCACCUGUGCUUGUGAGCCAGGAUGGGGUGGAAUCUUUUGUGAGCGCGAUCUUGAGUACUGUACUCGCCAUCAACCCUGUAAAAAUGGCGGUAUAUGCACGAAUGGAGGCCUGCGUACGGAUUUCACUUGCCAAUGUCCUGAGGGUUUCGUUGGCGCCACUUGCGACAUCCAACUACCCAGCAUCUGUGCGCAUGAAGGAAUUUGUAGAAACGGUGGUUUGUGUACGGACGCCGACACAAAACUAGGCAGAUGUAUUUGCGCUGACGGUUUUGAGGGACGCUAUUGUGAACGACGUGGUUUGUGUACGGACGCCGACACAAAACUAGGCAAAUGCAUUUGCGCUGACGGUUUCGAGGGACGCUAUUGUGAACGACGUAAGGUGCUACCGUUGUGUACGGCAACCAGUUGCAAUUCAGUAGAUAUGUUGCGCGAUUUGAUCAUGGCAAUUGAGAGGAAAGCUAAACUUGACCAUAUUUUAUUUCUUGUCAUAGAAAUGGUGGCCUAUGUUUCGGCGGCUCCAGCUGCGUAUGUCCACAAUGUUUUUCUGGUAUUGACUGCUCCAUAG